AUGUCUUGCUCUUCCCGCGUCUCCUCCUCCAGGGCCAGAGGCAGCAGCUGCAUGCGGGGGUCCAUGGGGGCCAGCAGCUUCAGCAGCAGCAGCCGAUGCGGAAUGGGGGGCAGCUCUGCCCGCAGCUUCCGGGCUGGAGGCGGCAGCGCCUGCGGGCUCCUCGGUGGGGGGUUCAGUAGCGGAUUUGGAGGCGCUUCGGUCUCCGGAGCUGGCUUUGGCGGGGGUUCUGGAUUUGGAGGGGGUUCUGGCUUCGGAGGGGGUUCUGGCUUCGGAGGGGGCUCUGGCUUCGGAGGGGGCUCUGGGAUGGGCGGAGGGGCCAGCGGAGGCUACUACAGCUAUGGUGGGGGCAUGGGCAGCUAUGGUGGGGGCAUGGGUGGGGGCAUGGGUGGAGGGAUGGGAGGUGGCGAUGGGGGACUUUUCUCUGGGGGCGAAAAGCAAACCAUGCAGAACCUCAACGACCGCCUGGCCAGUUACUUAGACAAGGUCAGAGCCUUGGAGGACGCAAACUCGGAUCUGGAGAGGAAGAUCAAGGAAUGGUAUGAGAAGUUUGGGCCCAACUCUGGAGACAGUGGGUCGGGAAAAGAUUACAGCCAGUACUACCCGAUCAUUGAAGAUCUCAGAAACCAGAUCAUUACUGCCACUAUUGAAAACGCAGGAAUUGUCCUGCAGGUUGACAAUGCCAGGUUGGCUGCUGAUGACUUCAGACUGAAGUACGAGAACGAGCUGUAUCUCCGCCAGAGUGUGGAGGCCGACAUCAACGGCCUGCGGAAAGUUCUGGAUGACCUCACCAUGACUCGCUCUGAUCUGGAGAUGCAGAUCGAGAGUCUGACCGAGGAGUUGGCUUACCUGAAGAAGAACCAUGAGGAGGAAAUGAAGAGCAUGCAGGGCAGCUCCGGAGGGGACGUGAACGUGGAAAUGAACGCGGCCCCGGGCACCGACCUCACCAAGUUACUGAACGACAUGCGGGCGCAGUAUGAGGAGCUGGCUGAGCAGAACCGUCGGGAGGCAGAGGAGCAAUUCAACAAGCAGAGUGCCUCCCUGCAAGCUCAGAUCUCCACUGACGCCGGAGCUGCCAGUUCUGCCAAGACUGAGAUCACAGAGCUGAAACGCACUCUGCAAGCCCUGGAGAUUGAGCUUCAGUCCCAGCUGGCCAUGAAAAGCUCCCUGGAAGGGACCCUCUCAGACACAGAGGGGGGCUACAUGGCUCAGCUGUCGGAAAUCCAGAUGCAGAUCAGCUGCCUGGAGGAGCAGAUCUGCCAGAUCCGGGGCGAGACUGAAUGCCAGAAUGCCGAGUACGAGCAGCUGCUCGACAUCAAGACCCGCCUGGAGAUGGAGAUCGAGACCUACCGCCGCCUGCUGGAUGGGGAGGGAGGAAACUCCAGAUGCUCAGGAUCCAGGAACACAGGAACCAGUGACUCGAGAUCUGGAGGAAGCAGCUCUGGCCAAACACGAGAUCCUAGUAAGAGCAGAGUGACCAGGACCAUAGUAGAGGAGGUGGUGGAUGGCAAAGUCGUCUCAUCUCAAGUCAGCAAUAUUUCAGAGGUGAAGUUUAAGUAAGAAGUUUCCCAAGUCGUCAGAGUGGCUUCGGAGGAAAGGAACACGAAUGAAACGGUGUCGCCCAUAGAGACAUCUUUCUGGAAAACUCCAAGGAGAAACCUCCCUCCGGAACGCAACGCCUAACCCACUUUUCUGCACCCUCUUCUUGCCUUUUUCAAAUGCUCUUGAAAAACAUGGCUACUUUGCUCUAAUUGUUUCUGCGCUGCAAUAAACUUACU